UCUAGAAUCGGAGAAAGAAAUGGCGAGAUCGAACAAAUCCAAGAGUGAAGGAGGAGAACGUAUAGGGAAGGGAAAGGUGACACCAGUGCAAGUCGCCUACCUCGUGGAUAGAUACCUAUGCGACAAUCGAUUCGUAGAGACACGAUCCAUCUUCAGAUCCGAAGCUUCUUCUCUCAUCUCCAAAUCUCCACUCCGUCAAGUUCAGUGCAGUUUGAUACCACUGGAUGAUAUAUUGAACGAAUACAUCAGCCUCAAGGAGCUCAAAGUGAUGGUUGAUCAGGAGAAGACACGCAUUCAAAAUCUAUUACACGGGAUGCAGGAUGUCAUGAACUCUUACAACUCCACCGCAUCACCUCCUCCUCCGGCGAUUACAUCAGCAGCUCCGGCGGCUAUUCAAAGUGUUGCCUCUACUUCUCAGCCUAGCAACAUGGAUACCUCUCCUUCAGGCGGCGCAGCGCACAGCACACCCAAUCUUAUGGCAGCAGCAUCAUUGCCAGGAAACAAACGAGUUGGGAAUUUCACAGCACCUUCUUCUAGUAAUCAGUCUAUUACCAAAAAGAGGAAGAGUCCUGAGGUUUCUCUAGCUCCUCCUCCUCCUCCUUCUGUUUCUACUAAAGAGAGGAGAAAGAUUCCACGAGCUGCUAAUGCUACUAACUACUUGACGUUUCACACAUCACCCGGAACAGAAACGCCGGUGCAUAACAGUACUGCAGCUACUGUGGCAAAGUGUUUGUUUACCAGAUCAGGCGUGUCACCUCCGACCAAUCCAGCUUGUCUGAGGACACCACAAAAGCAAGUCUCUCCUCAAAGUGAUGUAUCUGUUACUCCUACAAACUGCACUAUCCUCACUAAGGAGAGAAUCACAGUCAGUCCUCACAAGCAGAAUCCUUCUUAUACAGUAGUGGAAAGGAGCCAUAUGGUUUCUUCUUUCUCGCCUCUUCAGUCUAAUCUGAAGAUGUCGAGUAAAAGAGAUCAUGUGAAAGGAAGGCUCAAUUUCGAUGACGCCGAAGCCACAAUGAACUUAGACUCACCUGCUUCUGGCGAUUUCGUUUCAACUUCUUCACCUGGCUCUGAACCAGGAGCUGAUUUGUUUGACAUUGAUUUUCUGAGCGACAACUUUCCAUUCUCGGAGGUGCUUGUCGAUUUCGAUAUUGCUUGUCAAGGAAUGCCUGACCCUCUCCUGCCAGUGCCACAACCCUCAAACUGUUCCUUUCAGUUAGCCUAAGCACGCUUUAACAGUAAUGUAGAUCACACAGUUUUGUAAGAAUGCAAUCCUUCAUUCAUUCCUUUGUUUGGCUCCUAACUUCAUGUAAGUGAAUGUGAGUUUUUUACUUCUUUAAGAUUAUCCUUUACAACCAAAACUAUCUGAAUCAAGCCAA